AUAGCUCUUCAAAUGUAGAGACUAUAAACAUUCCACCAGGUGGUGCUGUUUGACCUACAUUCUAUUUCCGGUGGUUCAUUUCCGCUGUGAAAGUGCAGUCGUUUCGAAGUUCGACUUUCUAAGCAGAUUGUUCAAUUCAAGACAGUCAAGCUCAUGGACUGGAUUCUAGGCCUUAUGACAAAAUAUGCAGCAGAUUAUGGAAAACGAGUUGCUAAUUGUAAAAAAUGUAAGCAAAAGAUAGAUAAGGGAAUAAUGAGACUUGCUAAACUGACAACAAAUCCCUUUAGUGAAGAAGGGGGUGAUAUGAAACUUUAUCAUCAUCCACAGUGUCUCUUUGACACCUUUCUACGAGCACGAGCAACAACAAGAAAAAUUGAAGAUACUGAAGACGUGGAAGGUUUCAAAGACUUGAAACAGGAAGAUAAAGACGAAAUCAACAAAUUGAUCAAAGACUCACUCGAAAAAUCUUCUAAUAAAAAAACUACACCAGCUAAGAAAAAAGCAACACCAAAGAAAGCUGCUGUAACACCUAUGAAAUCUGAAACAAUACCAUCUGCUACCAAUGGCGCAUCAGCCUCACCAAAACCAGUUGCCACGGUUACAUCAACAGAUACAAAUGCUAGCCAUAAAGAUAACUCAUUCAGGCAGUUCCGUUGUGUAUGUGCUGAAAUAGCAGAGGAGGCAUCUUAUAAUGGGAAGACUGCCAUUGUUAAGAAAUUCCUGACAAAGGGCAGUGAUGGAGAUAGUUACAAAGGUGACUGUUAUCUGAUGCUGAAGUUGCUACUCCCAGGUGUUGUAAAACGUGUAUACAAUCUCAACAGUAAACAGAUGAUCAAACUGUUUAGCCAGAUAUUCCAUACAAAUCAAGAAGAAAUGUUAACCCACCUGGAGCAGGGAGAUGUUGCUGAAACAAUCAAGACCUUCUUUGAUGACAAUACCGCCCUACCUCCACAAAAGAAAAGCAAUUUAGAUAUUAUCGAGGUUGAUAAUUUCCUGACUGAGAUGUCCAAGUUAACAAAAGAAGAUGAACAACAGAGAUGUCUCACAAAGAUUACUAAACGGUGUACUGGAAAUGAUCUCAGAAUGGUUAUCCGACUCAUUAAACAUGAUCUCAGAAUAAAUGCCGGGGCCAAGCAUAUACUGGAAGGCCUAGACCCCAAUGCCUACCCAGCUUUCCAGGCCUCCAGAGAUCUAAGAGAUGUAGUUGAUAGAGUUCUGGCCAAUAAAAAAGAAGCUGCAGAAGGUGGUAAACCAGGCAUGACCAAGAAGCUUAGUGUGAGAGCAAACCUAAUGACCCCUGUAUUACCCAUGCUGGCUGAAGCCUGUAAAUCUGUGGAAUAUGCCAUGAAGAAGUGCCCAAAUGGGAUGUAUGCUGAGAUCAAAUAUGAUGGUGAGAGGGUACAGGUUCAUAAACAGGGAGACUCAUUUCAUUACUUCAGUCGUAGCCUCAAGCCAGUUCUUCCUCAUAAAGUUCAACAUUUCAAAGACUACAUUCCCAAGGCUUUCCCAGGUGGAAGUGAUUUGAUCCUAGAUGCUGAGGUAUUGCUGGUUGAUACAAAUACAAGUCAACCUCUGCCAUUUGGAACUCUAGGGGUACACAAGAAAGCGGCAUUUCAAGAUGCUAAGGUUUGCCUGUAUAUAUUUGACUGUCUACACUACAAUGGAGAAAACAUGAUGGAUAAGCCAAUUAAAGAGAGACGAAGGAUUCUACACAAGAACAUGGUAGAGGUUCCUCACAGGGUUCUGUUCUCUGAGAUGAAGCAUAUCCAUAAACCCAUUGACUUGAAGGAUCUGAUGAUGAAGGUGUUCAGGGAAGGCUUGGAAGGACUUGUCCUGAAAGAUGUCAAUGGUAUCUAUGAGCCAGGAAAGAGGCACUGGCUGAAGGUGAAGAAGGAUUAUUUGGCAGAUGGUGCAAUGGCUGAUACAGCAGAUCUAGUGGUCCUUGGGGCAUACUAUGGCACUGGAAACAAAGGUGGCAUAAUGUCCGUUUUCCUAAUGGGUGUAUAUGACCCAGACAAAGAUAUUUGGCGCACAGUCUCCAAGGUAGCUGGUGGCCAUGAUGACAAGACUCUUGAUAGGCUCCAGAAGGAACUUGAGAUGGUUAAAAUAAAAAAGGAUGCCUCGAGAAUUCCCAGCUGGCUGAGGAUCAACAAAAAUGUACUACCAGACUUUGUAGUAGCUGAUCCUAAGAAAGCCCCAGUGUGGGAGAUCACAGGUGCAGAGUUUAGUAAAUCAGAAUCUCACACUGCAGAUGGGAUUUCCAUCCGCUUCCCCAGGGUAACGAAGAUCAGAGAUGAUAAAGGUUGGAAGGAAGCCACAGAUCUACCAAGACUUAGGGAAUUAUUCAAAGUAUCAAAACAGCAUUCAGAGAUUCCUGAUAUGAUAGGAGCCUCCACACCAAAAAAGGCUGAGACCAAUGGUAGUGGCAGCAGCAAUGGUUCAAGGCCCACAACCCCCAUCAAGACAGAGAAGAGUAGCAGCCCAAGGCCUAGUACCCCUGUGAGAGCUGAGAAGAGGAAGCUGGAAGAAGCUUCUGAAUCUGCAUCUCCUGCUAAACGGAAACCUGUGGAUUCUCCAUCAAAGGGCAAUCCAGUAUGUAAAUAUGGUUCAGAUUGUUACCAGACCAAUCCAGCCCACAGGGAGCAAUAUACUCAUACUGUGUCAUCCCAACCAACCAAGAAGCUACCAACUGUAUUUAAAGGCAUGAAGAUCUACCUCCCCAGCUCAGUUGAGAAGUAUAAGGAAUUGAAGCGCUAUAUUGUUGCCUUUGAUGGUGAUAUUGUGGCUGAAUUUGAGAAAGAUACAGCUACACAUACAGUGCAAUCAAGUGACGAGGGAGACUCUAGCUCGGCUACUACUAUCACAACAGACUGGCUUUGGAGAUGCAUAAAGAAGAAACAGAUCGUUCCUGUGUGAAUGAACACAACAAUGGACCUUUAACUGAAUAUAUCGAAAACAAUGCUUUAAAUAUUGAGCUGUAGGCUUAUCUGUGUGACACUCAUUCAUAUUUGGAACUGUGUCUUGGACAGCUUGACUAGACAUGAACGAUUGUGAGCAUAAGCAGCAUGUAUUGUAUCAAAAAACUGGUGGAAUAAUUGAUCAUUUAGUGCUUUAAUUUAUUUAUUGAGUUAUGAGGCCUAGGCUAUCUACUGAAGCAUUUCUUACGGACAUGCACAACUUGUGGUUACAUAAUCAUCAUUCAUUAAAUCAAAUCUCGCAUAUAUAU